AUGUUAGCGAGCAAUAGUAUUGUGUUGCAAAAGCAACACGAGAAUUUCCAUACUGCCAAAGAGAUCAUGACAAAUUUAAAGGAUUUCUUCGGAGUCCAAGUCGCAUUGGCUCAACAAUCUGCUAUUACAAAUUUGAUAAGUUCUCAACAGAAAAUUGGCACUCCGGUCAAAGAACAUAUGCUUAAGUUUAUGGGAUUCUUUGCGGAAGCGAAGGACAAUAAGGUUGAACUAGACGUGAACACGCAAAUUGAAAUAGUGUUCAAAUCUUUAACCAAGGAGUUUGCUGGUUUUAGGGCCGCUUACAGCUUGGGGAACAAAGCGCUUACCUUGACUCAGCUCAUGAAGGAAUUACAAUCUUAUGAGUUGAUGCUAAAUGCCGGUUUAGGAAAAACCUGA